AUGAUAUCACCCGGACUGGAUCCCAUGGAAAGAGGGGUGUUCAUGGUCACGGGCCGGGGAGAUUCCACGUUCUUAAAUGCUCAGCGCACUGGCAAGACACAGUUCAUGCACGAAACAUCCGUCGGGAGCGCAAGGAUUGGCUGCUACGGAUAUGUCGAUGUCCACGGAGAUACCUACGUAACACACUUUAUCGCCGAUGAAUCUGGAAAUCAUAUAAUCAAUUUAGAACACCCCGAUAAAUCGACACGCGAGCGGGUUGCUUCGAUGAGAAACGGAGAAGAUGGAGCUGUUUCGGAUGUGUUCCCCAAAGACUGCACUUUAGACGGUUCAUAUGGCAAAUUAAAAAGUUUGGCUGAAAAAAUCAAGCAAGAGCUAGACAGUGAAAAAGAACAAAAAGCACAAGAAAUAACGCCCCCAUCAAAUGAGGGCAAAGACUUAUCUGACAGUCCAAAGAAGUCCAGUCCUGGUGGCUCUUCGCGAAGACCAUCAAAAUCAUCAGGCGAUAAUCAAAAGAAACCAACAAAUGUUGAGCCUAAGAAAACCAGUCCUUCAGAAAAAUUUAACAAACCUGUAGAUGCGAAACCAGCAACUGAAAAUGCAAAUGAGAAUCAAUCUUCGAAACCACAAUCGUUCAGAAACAAACAACGGCCCUCAUCGAACAAUGCUGCACCCAAAAUCAAACCAGCUUACGAAGCGAAGGAACCACAAACAACUCCAAAGGAGCUACAACGGGACUUUGGAAAGCCCAAAUCUGAUUCAACGCCUCCUGUGAAGCCAAAUAAAUCAGAAGAUCCUCAAUCAGAUGACCAGGAAGAUGAUGACGACUCGGAACAAACUCCAGCAUUUUCGGCAAAGGCACCAGGUCAGCCGAAAAAGGGAUCGAAGCCAUCGCCCAAGGCAGACAAAGAGAGCGAUGCUUCAAAUGCUCCAGAAGGGUCAAAGCAGAGUCCUAAGAAGUAUGAUAAUGAUUCUGGAAAGCCCAAGUCUAAUUCAAAGUCUCCUGUGAAGCCAAAUGAAUCAGAAGAUCCUCAAUCAGAUGACCAGGAAGAUGAUGACGACUCGGAACAAACUCCAGCAUUUUCGGACAAGGCACCAGGUCAACCGAAGAAGGGAUCGAAGCCUUCGCCCAAGGCAGACAAAGAGAGCGAUGCUUCAAAUGCUCCAGAAGAGCCACAACAGAGUCCUAAGAAGUUUGAAAAGGAUUCUGGAAAGCCCAAGUCUGAUUCAAAGUCUCCUGUGAAGCCAAAUGAAUCAGAAGAUCCUCAAUCAGAUGACCAGGAAGAUGAUGACGACUCGGAACAAACUCCAGCAUUUUCGGAUAAGGCACCAGGUCAACCGAAGAAGGGAUCGAAGCCUUCGCCCAAGGCAGACAAAGAGAGCGAUGCUUCAAAUGCUCCAGAAGAGCCACAACAGAGUCCUAAGAAGUUUGAAAAGGAUUCUGGAAAGCCCAAGUCUGAUUCAAAGUCUCCUGUGAAGCCAAAUGAAUCAGAAGAUCCUCAAUCAGAUGACCAGGAAGAUGAUGACGAUUCUGAACAAACUCCAGCAUUUUCGGACAAGGCACCAGGUCAGCCGAAGAAGGGAUCGAACUCAUCGCCCAAGGCAGACAAAGAGAGCGAUGCUUCAAAUGCUCCAGAAGAGCCACAACAGAGUCCUAAGAAGUUUGAAAAGGAUUCUGGAAAGCCCAAGUCUGAUUCAAAGUCUCCUGUGAAGCCAAAUGAAUCAGAAGAUCCUCAAUCAGAUGACCAGGAAGAUGAUGACGACUCGGAACAAACUCCAGCAUUUUCGGAUAAGGCACCAGGUCAACCGAAAAAGGGAUCGAAGCCUUCGCCCAAGGCAGACAAAGAGAGCGAUGCUUCAAAUGCUCCAGAAGGGUCAAAGCAGAGUCCUAAGAAGUAUGAUAAUGAUUCUGGAAAGCCCAAGUCUAAUUCAAAGUCUCCUGUGAAGCCAAAUGAAUCAGAAGAUCCUCAAUCAGAUGACCAGGAAGAUGAUGACGACUCGGAACAAACUCCAGCAUUUUCGGACAAGGCACCAGGUCAACCGAAGAAGGGAUCGAAGCCUUCGCCCAAGGCAGACAAAGAGAGCGAUGCUUCAAAUGCUCCAGAAGAGCCACAACAGAGUCCUAAGAAGUUUGAAAAGGAUUCUGGAAAGCCCAAGUCUGAUUCAAAGUCUCCUGUGAAGCCAAAUGAAUCAGAAGAUCCUCAAUCAGAUGACCAGGAAGAUGAUGACGACUCGGAACAAACUCCAGCAUUUUCGGACAAGGCACCAGGUCAACCGAAGAAGGGAUCGAAGCCUUCGCCCAAGGCAGACAAAGAGAGCGAUGCUUCAAAUGCUCCAGAAGAGCCACAACAGAGUCCUAAGAAGUUUGAAAAGGAUUCUGGAAAGCCCAAGUCUGAUUCAAAGUCUCCUGUGAAGCCAAAUGAAUCAGAAGAUCCUCAAUCAGAUGACCAGGAAGAUGAUGACGACUCGGAACAAACUCCAGCAUUUUCGGAUAAGGCACCAGGUCAACCGAAAAAGGGAUCGAAGCCUUCGCCCAAGGCAGACAAAGAGAGCGAUGCUUCAAAUGCUCCAGAAGGGUCAAAGCAGAGUCCUAAGAAGUAUGAUAAUGAUUCUGGAAAGCCCAAGUCCAAUUCAAAGUCUCCUGUGAAGCCAAAUGAAUCAGAAGAUCCUCAAUCAGAUGACCAGGAAGAUGAUGACGACUCGGAACAAACUCCAGCAUUUUCGGAUAAGGCACCAGGUCAACCGAAGAAGGGAUCGAAGCCUUUGCCCAAGGCAGACAAAGAGAGCGAUGCUUCAAAUGCUCCAGAAGAGUCACAGCAGAGUCCUAAGAAGUAUGAUAAUGAAUCUGGAAAGCCCAAAUCUGAUGCAAAGUCUCCUGUGAAGCCAAAUGAAUCAGGAGAUCCUCAAUCAGAUGACCAGGAAGAUGAUGACGACUCGGAACAAACUCCAGCAUUUUCGGACAAGGCACCAGGUCAACCGAAGAAGGGAUCGAAGCCUUCGCCCAAGGCAGACAAAGAGAGCGAUGCUUCAAAUGCUCCAGAAGAGCCACAACAGAGUCCUAAGAAGUUUGAAAAGGAUUCUGGAAAGCCCAAGUCUAAUUCAAAGUCUCCUGUGAAGCCAAAUGAAUCAGAAGAUCCUCAAUCAGAUGACCAGGAAGAUGAUGACGACUCGGAACAAACUCCAGCAUUUUCGGAUAAGGCACCAGGUCAACCGAAAAAGGGAUCGAAGCCUUCGCCCAAGGCAGACAAAGAGAGCGAUGCUUCAAAUGCUCCAGAAGGGUCAAAGCAGAGUCCUAAGAAGUAUGAUAAUGAUUCUGGAAAGCCCAAGUCUAAUUCAAAGUCUCCUGUGAAGCCAAAUGAAUCAGAAGAUCCUCAAUCAGAUGACCAGGAAGAUGAUGACGACUCGGAACAAACUCCAGCAUUUUCGGAUAAGGCACCAGGUCAACCGAAGAAGGGAUCGAAGCCUUUGCCCAAGGCAGACAAAGAGAGCGAUGCUUCAAAUGCUCCAGAAGAGUCACAGCAGAGUCCUAAGAAGUAUGAUAAUGAAUCUGGAAAGCCCAAAUCUGAUGCAAAGUCUCCUGUGAAGCCAAAUGAAUCAGGAGAUCCUCAAUCAGAUGACCAGGAAGAUGAUGACGACUCGGAACAAACUCCAGCAUUUUCGGACAAGGCACCAGGUCAACCGAAGAAGGGAUCGAAGCCUUCGCCCAAGGCAGACAAAGAGAGCGAUGUUUCAAAUGCUCCAGAAAAGCCACAACAGAGUCCUAAGAAGUAUGAUAAUGAUUAUGGAAAGCACAAGUCUGAUUCAAAGUCUCCUGUGAAGCCAAAUGAAUCAGAAGAUCCUCAAUCAGAUGACCAGGAAGAUGAUGACGACUCGGAACAAACUCCAGCAUUUUCGGAUAAGGCACCAGGUCAGCCGAAGAAGGGAUCGAAACCAUCGCCCAAGGCAAACAACGAUGGAAAACUUUCUGAAACGCAGCAGGCCCCUAAGAAUGUACCCACAAUCGGGUCUCGUAGUGAUAUAUUUGAUGCGGAGGAUUCGGACACAAAGAAUGAUCAGACAAAAUCAUCCAAGCCGAGAGAUAGUGUUCCACCACCAACCGCAAAGUCACCAAGACCAAACCCAUCAAAACCAAAUGCUCCACAGAAACCAUCUGUAAGGAGAGAUCCUGUAGUAGCUUUGUUGACUGGAUCUUUACCUACUCCGCCAUUUGAGGAAGAAUCGCCAUUUUCUGACAAAGUGAAACCAAGUGAUUCAAACGAUGGUUUGGGUGCAAUCAGUAGAGUGCUACCGGUCAUGCAUGGUUCGAUCAGACCGGAUCCAUCGCCUGCAAACAGUGAUAAACCGACACAAUCCUCUCUUAACAACGAUCUGUACGAUGAGGUAGAUGCCGACGAAGAACCUGACACGGUUGAUGUGGAAAAUAUGAACGACAAGAAUAAGGACGAAGCAACUGAUUCCGCUCAUCCCAAUUCUGAUGCCGGAAAUUAUUUUGAGAUCAUACUGAAGCUACCCGUCGAUGUCCUGCUCCGAUCACCCAGCUCCCAGGAAGAGACGAAGGCUGAUGAUUUGAAGUCAAGCUGCCGAUCGGAUGAAUCAUCGCCCAGUAAAGAAUCCAGAGUGCAUGAUAUUGUGCUGAACAUGCUCAGGAGUGCCAUUAUGCAAAGAAGUGACCAGGCUGCGGCUGUAAAGGACGCCCCUGCUAAGCCUAGCCUGGGCAAAGCGUUCAACUACGACGAAUUGCAGCCACCGAAGAAGGAUUCAAAGUUUACGGAGCGAGUGCCGGCAGAUAGUGUUAAUGCGUAUCUGCCAAAGACAGACAACCGACCCCGCUCGGAUGCAAGGGUACCCAAACGGGGAAAAGCUGAACAGAAUGGACCAUCAGCGAAUAAGCGUCCCAUUCCGCCUCGUUUCGUGGCUACUAAUCGCCAAUCUUAA